AUGGCCAGUACCAGGUCAUUGACCAUGCUGGUGCGCGCGCGCCCAGCUGCCACUUUGCUCAGACCCUCUGCUGGACGCCUCCCCUCGCCCGCCACCGUCGCCCUCUUCUCUACUACCUUCCCGCGAGCCGCCACCCCAGCCGGCCCACCACCGCCCGGUUUUCGAUUACCCCCGCCUAAGAAAUGGGAUGAAGGAGAGGGCGCAUUGGACCGUGCCGGCAAAUACUUCUUGCUGGUCGAGAUGUUUCGCGGCAUGUACAUCCUGCUAGAGCAGUUUUUCCGACCUCCGUACACCAUCAUGUAUCCCUUUGAAAAGGGCCCAAUUUCACCCCGCUUCCGAGGGGAGCACGCGCUGCGACGAUAUCCUACAGGCGAGGAGCGAUGCAUUGCCUGCAAGCUUUGCGAGGCCAUCUGCCCGGCGCAGGCUAUCACCAUCGAGGCCGAAGAGCGCAUGGACGGCAGCAGGAGGACGACGCGAUAUGACAUCGAUAUGACCAAGUGCAUCUACUGCGGCUUGUGCCAAGAGAGUUGCCCGGUCGAUGCCAUUGUGGAGAGCCCCAACGCAGAGUACGCAACGGAGAGUAGGGAAGAGCUCCUAUACAACAAGGAGAAGCUGUUGGCAAAUGGUGACAAGUGGGAGCCGGAGAUUGCGGCCGCCGCUCGUGCAGAUGCACCAUACCGGUAA